GUGGGGAGGGCUGUCAGUAUAGUGUGUACCCAGAGUUAAAUAUAGUACUGCAACUAUGCCGCUGUAGCAUGUCCGACCCCGUCAUUCAGCAGUGCUUCAGCUAAAAAUUCUCACCUGACCUUCACUCUUGGAAGACUGCUUGGUCAGACAGCAGGGAGCAGAAGAAGGCAGAGGAGCAUUCCCAAAGACCUGUGUGGAUUUACCAUCAGCAUUCCCAAAGACCUGUGUGGAUUUACCAUCUGCGAUCACAAUCCCCCACCCCUUCCGGUCUCACUAUCGUUCUGUUGGUCUGUCCAACAUGGAGCUCCACGAGUAUGAAAACCAACAGAUUAUACCGGACCAGGUUCACAUGGACGUGUGAUGCAUGGAGUUGUCGUUCUUGACUUGGACAGUCUCUCGACUCCACACCUCAACAACUUGUCAGUAUGGAGGGCACAGGCAUGUGCUGGAGCAAAGCCAGUAUGAUCAACUUCAUCAAGUGCCUUGCAUCUCCUGGGUACAACAAGCCAUCCAUCCCCCCGGUGUGCUUCCCUCACGGAGAGAGAGGGCCCCCAGCCAUGAUGCCCAUCAGCAUCGACCCGGAGAGCAAGCCAGGCGAAUAUGUCCUCAAGAGCCUCUUUGCCAACUUCACCACGCUCUCUGAACACAAGAUUCGUAUCAUCAUGGCUGAACCGCUGGAGAAGCCAUUAACCAAGUCCCUCCAGAGAGGCGAAGACCCCCAGUUUGACCAACUGGUUAGUACCAUGAGUUCCCUGGCCGAGUACUGCCUGCCUUCUAUCCUGCGCACACUGUUUGAUUGGUACAAGAGGCAAAAUGGCCUGGAGGACGAAUCCUACGAGUACAGACCAAGAGCCAGCACCAAGUCCAAGAACGAUGAACUGCAGAGGGAUUAUUUACUGGAGAGGAGAGAUCUGGCCAUUGACUUCAUAUUUUCUCUGGUACUAAUAGAGGUCUUAAAGCAGAUGCCACUCCAUCCAGUCCUUGAUGGGUUGGUCAAUGAAGUCAUUAACCUGGCAUUUAAGCACUUUAAAUACAAGGAGGGAUACCAUGGUCCCAACACUGGCAAUAUGCACAUUGUAGCAGAUCUUUAUGCAGAAGUCAUGGGAGUCUGUGCCCAGACCAAGUUUCCAGCAGUGAAGAAGAAAUUCCUGAUGGAGCUGAAGGAGCUGAGACAUAAGGAGCAGAGUCCGUGCGUGGUCCAGAGCACCGUCAGUCUUAUCAUGGGUGUCAAGUUCUUUAGGAUUAAAAUGUACCCUGUAGAGGAGUUUGAGGCUUCCUUCCACUUCAUGCAGGAGUGUGCCCAGUAUUUCCUGGAGGUGAAGGACAAAGACAUAAAGCAUGCCUUGGCUGGGCUGUUUGUUGAGAUUUUAGUUCCUGUUGCUGCCGCUGUGAAAAAUGAGGUGAAUGUUCCUUGCCUAAGGAACUUUGUGGAGAGCUUGUAUGACACAACCUUGGACCUGUCUACCAGGAAGAAGCACUCUCUGGCCCUGUAUCCCCUGGUGACCUGUCUGCUGUGUGUGAGCCAAAAGCAGCUCUUUCUGAGCAGGUGGCAUGUUUUCCUCAACAGCUGCCUCUCCAAUCUCAAGAAUAAGGACGCUAAAAUGACCCGGGUUGCCUUGGAGUCUCUGUAUCGCCUGCUGUGGGUUUACAUGAUCAGGAUCAAAUGUGAGAGCAACACAGCGACUCAGAGUCGCCUCAACACGAUUGUCACCACACUGUUUCCCAAGGGAUCUCGCAGUGUGGUUCCAAGAGACAUGCCACUCAAUAUCUUUGUCAAGAUCAUUCAGUUUAUUGCACAGGAAAGGCUGGAUUUUGCCAUGAAAGAGAUCAUUUUUGACCUGCUUUGUGUUGGAAAACAAGCCAAAGCCUUUAGUCUCAAUCCAGAGAGAAUGAACAUAGGACUCAGAGCGUUCCUAGUGAUCGCUGAUAUGCUGCAGCAGAAGGAUGGAGAACCCCCCAUGCCCAAUACGGGUGCCACCCUUCCCUCUGGGAACACCCUGAGGGUGAAGAAGACCUACCUGAGCAGGACACUGACCGAUGAAGAGGCCAAGGUCAUUGGAAUGGGCCAUUAUUACCCCCAAGUUAGGAAAGCCAUUGACAGCAUCCUGAGAUACCUCGAUAAGGAUGUUGGUCGUUGCAUGAUGAUGACCAGUGUGCAGAUGUUCAAUAAGGAGCCAGAGGACAUGAUCACGGGGGAGAGGAAGCCAAAGAUUGACCUGUUCAGGACAUGCUUAGCUGCCAUCCCACGCAUCCUGCCUGAUGGCAUGUCUAAAUCGGAAUUGAUAGAUCUGCUCACUCGGCUGACAAUCCAUAUGGAUGAUGAGCUGCGGCUCAUUGCCCAGAACUCCCUGCAGAGCCUGUUGGUGGACUUUCCUGACUGGCGUGAGGAUGUACUGUUUGGUUUCACCAACUUCCUGCUGCGUGAUGUGCAAGACAUGCACCAGAGCCUACUGGAAAGCUCCCUGAAGCUGUUGCUGCAACUCCUCACCCAGUGGAGACUCACCUUGCUCUCCGCAAACAAAGUCUUUGACCCACCCAAUAUCUGCACCUCUGAGCUCCUGCAGCUGGGCUCCAGCCAGAGACUGGCAGCAGAGCACAGUGGCCACUCCCUGGUGCUGCACGCAGUGGAGGGCCUCGCCCUGCUGCUGCUCUGCUCCUCCCAGGCAGUCACACGCAAGCUGGGUGUGGCCAUCCUCAAAGAGGCCGGGCUCCUCCACCUCACAAUUGGACAGGCUGAGGAUGAUGAGAAGCCCAUGAUUGAUGUGCUAGACCAGCUGAGCCCAGUGGUACUGGAGAGCUUUCUCCACGUAGCAGUGUCGGACAUGGGGAGUGUGUCAGACACGGGGAGCGGGUUGGAUGUGGGUCCGCAGCCUGUGGGUCACCAUGUGGACCUGCAGUGGCUGGUGGAGUGGAGUGCCGUGUUGGUGAACAGUCCCUAUGAUGUGUGGAGCCCAUCGCACGUGUGGAUCUUUGCCCAGUCUGUGAAGGACCCCUGGGUGCUCUGCCUCUACAGCUUCUUGCGCCAGGAGCACCUACCCAAACACUGCCCCACAGCUCUCAGCUACGCCUGGCCCUACGCUUUCACCCGCCUGCAGCACCUCUUACCCCUGAUAGACCCUACUAACCCUGUAUAUGCCAAAAGAAUCACAGCAAGUUGUGGAGACAACUAUACAGGCCUGUGGAGGAACUACCUCAUCCUGUGUUUUGGCAUUGCUAAACCCAGCAUCAUGAGCCCAGGCCACCUCAGGGCAUCCAGCACUGAGAUCAUGAACCCCACCACAGAUGGCAGUGUCAGUUACGACUGCAAGGUGAUGGGGAGCCCAUCUGUGACCUGGCUUCUGAAACAGCUCGUCCCCUUGAUGAGAGCAGAGAGCAUCGAAAUCACUGAGUCUCUGGUUCUUGGCUUCGGACGAACAAACUGCCUGGUGUUCAGAGAGCUCAUUGAGGAGCUUCACCCUCUGAUGAAGGAGGCACUGGAGAGGCGACCUGAGAACAAGAAACGGCGUGAGAGGAGAGACCUGUUGAGACUUCAGCUGCUGAGGAUCUUUGAGCUGCUGGCCGACUCUGGGGUCAUCAGUGACAGCACUAACGGGGCUCUGGAGCGAGACACACUGGCGCUUGGGGCUCUCUUCCUGGAGUACGUGGACCUGACCCGCAUGCUGCUAGAGGCCGACAGCGACAAAGACAUUGAGAUCCUCAAAGACAUGCGUGCCCACUUCAGCGCCAUGGUGGCCAACCUCAUUCAUUGUAUCCCUGUGCACCAGAGACGUUUACUCUUUCCCCAGCAGAGUCUGCGUCAUCACCUCUUCAUCCUCUUCAGCCAAUGGGCUGGCCCUUUCAGCAUCAUGUUCACCUCGCUGGACCGCUACAGCGACCGCAACCACCAGAUCACAAGAUAUCAAUACUGUGCACUUAAGGCUAUGUCAGCAGUGCUGUGCUGUGGUCCUGUCUUUGACAAUGUGGGCCUUUCUCCAGAUGGCUACCUCUAUAAGUGGCUGGAUAACAUCUUAGCUUGCCAGGAUCUGCGGGUUCACCAACUAGGGUGUGAGGUGGUCAUCUUGCUGCUGGAGCUCAAUCCAGAACAUGUGAACCUGUUUAACUGGGCUGUGGAUCGCUGCUUCACGGGCACCUACCUGCUGGGAUCAGGUUGCUUCAAAGCCAUCGCCACUGUCUGUGGCAGCAGGAACUACCCUUGUGACUUAGUGACAUUGAUGAAUUUGGUCCUUUUCAAAGCCUCUGACACCAACAGAGAAAUAUAUGAGAUUGCAAUGCAGCUAAUGCAGAUCCUGGAGGAAAAGCUUCUGUCCUACUCAAAGAAAUUAGCAGAGCAGAAACCCAGCAGUAUUCUGUAUGAAAGCCACCGGCCCUUGCCCCCACUCUACAGUGUCUCUCUCCCUCAGCUCUCCAGCCAGCUGGCAAGGAUGUACCCUGAGCUUACACUGCCUCUAUUUUCAGAAAUCAGUCAGAGGUUUCCUACCACCCACUCUAAUGGGCGCCAGAUGAUGCUCAUCUACCUCCAGCCCUGGCUGCGCAACAUUGAGCUGGUGGACAGCGGCCUGCUGCCCCCUCUUUCCAGCCCCGGCUCACCUGAGGAGGAGGUCAGGAGCCGGGCCAACCCCACCCUCACCGACCUGCGGGGCUCUGGCUGGGGCUCUCUGCAGGCCACCUGUCUGGUGCUCAACAACCUCAUGUUCAUGACAGCCAAGUAUGGGGAUGAUGUGCCCGGCCCAGAGAUGGAGAACGCCUGGACGGCCAUGAUCAGCAACGACAAGUGGAACAACAACCUGAAAACGACUCUGCAGUUCCUUAUCAGCCUGUGUGGCGUCAGCAGCGACACCACCCUCCUGCCUUAUAUCAAGAAGGUGGUGAUCUACCUGUGUCGGAACAACACCACUCAGACCAUGGAGGAGCUGCUGUUUGAGCUUCAGCAGACGGACCCUGUCAACCCUGUGGUGAUCCAUUGUGACAACCCUCCCUUUUACCGGUUUGCUGCUACCAGCAAGAUCCCCAUCGCCACCUCAGGUACCACAUCUAGUAGCAACACAGUGCUGGCAGGACAAGAGAGCUUCUCCGAUACAGACGAGGCAAAAGCAGCCAGGGAGAACGAGGACAGACUCAGCCACACCACACGAGCCCACAAUCGUCUGGAAUCUCGCUACAGCAACAGUUCAGGUGGCUCGUACGAUGAGGAGAAGAGUGAACCCUUGCCACCCUUCACUGAUUGGCUGCUAAGCAUCUUGGAGACCAAUCAGCCACUGCCUCUGCCCAUGCCUGUAAAUGGAGGGUGCUGGGCACCACUCGUGGACUAUCUUCCUGAAACUAUCACCCCCAGAGGACCACUGCACAGGUGUAACAUUGCAGUGAUCUUCAUGAUGGAACUGGUGGUGGACCAUAGCGUGAGUGAAGACUGGGCACUUCAUCUGCCCCCGCUCCUACAUGCCCUGUUUCUGGGCAUGGACCACACCCGUCCUGAGGUGUUUGAGCACAGCAAGCGUCUGCUCCUCCACCUCCUCAUCACGCUCUCCUGCAACAGCAACUUCAAGGUCAUCGCUUCAGUUCUGCUGCAAUCCAGAGAGAUCAACUGCACCAGGAGCCUGACCAUCAGACCCACCUACGAGCAUGAGUAUCUCUACGCAGGAGGGCCUGACUUCCUGCGGGACUGGCAGCCGUCCCCCGUGCCGGACUCAGGCCUGAGCUCCUCCUCCACCUCCUCUAGCUUCAGCCUGGGGGGCAGCAGCAGCCACCUGCCCCCUGGGCCCCCUCAGGUCAAUGAGCUGGAGACAGCCACAGAGAUAGAGGAGAAGACCAACAAACUCGUAGAGUUUCUCACCAACAGGUCAUAUGGGCCCUUAUGGUGCCAUGAAGACAUCACUCCCAAGAACCAGGUCACCAAGAGCACUGAGCAGCUCACCAACUUCCUCCACCAUGUGCUGUCUGUGUUCAAACAGUCCAAAUCAGACUGCCAUCUGGAGCAGCAGCUCAGUGAGGUGUCUCUGCAGACUGCACUGUGCAGCUCUUCGCGUCACUAUGCUGGCCGCUCCUUCCAGAUCUUCCGGGCCCUGCGGCAGCCGCUGUCAGCUCAUGCCGUGUCCGACCUAUUGUCCCGCUUGGUGGAGGUGGUAGGGGAGCACGGAGACGAGGUGCAGGGUUAUGUGAUGGAAGUCCUUCUCACGCUGGAGUCAGUGGUGGACAACUUGGCAGAGUGCCUCAAAAACAACGACCUGAUGGCAAUCCUGACAAGAGCAACCUCUCCAGACUUCUUGAGCAAUGGGAAGCUGACAUCCAGCAGGAAGAGCACAGGCCAACUGGACCUGAUCCCAGACCUGUCCUCCUUAGAACACAGCCGCCACCAAAGGAGUUACUCCGUCCCCAAGAAGUUUGGUGAGGCAGAGCACUCCUCCCAGGUCCCACGCAGUGCCACGCUGGACCGUAUCCAUGUCUAUACCCACCAGAGCCAGAGCCCCAUCCCCUCCAAAGACAGUUGCAGCAACCCUGCCAGCAUUAACCACCCUAGCAAUCUGCUGGCCACCAUCUUCUGGGUGGCUGUGUCCUUGAUGGAGUCAGACUUUGAAUUUGAGUACCAAAUGUCCUUGCGGCUUCUGAGCAAGCUGCUGGCCCACCUGUCUCUAGACAGGCCAGAGAACCGAGAGAAGCUGGAGAAGCUGCAAACUCAGCUGAGGUGGAGUAGCUUCUGCGGGCUGCAGCACCUGCUGCUCAAGGGCUUUACUUCCAUCUCCAACACCGAGCUCACACUGCAGCUGCUCUGCCAGCUCACACCCAUCUCACGUGCACCCGUGGUGGACACCUCGCAGGCUAUAGGUUUCCCUCUGAACGUACUAUGCCUGCUCUCCCAUCUUGUGCAGAACUUUGAGUGCCCUACACCAUUUUGUAAAGAUGCUGCUGAGAGAAUAGCCCAGGUGUGUCUGGAGGAGAAAAAUGCCAAAUUGUCCAAUCUGGCUCACGUCAUGACUCUGUACAAAACUCAUUCGUACACGCGCGACUGCUCCUCCUGGGUGAAUGUGGUUUGUCGUUACCUCCACGAGGCCUUCUCUGACAUCACCCUCAACAUGGUCACCUACAUGGCAGAGUUGUUGGAAAAAGGCCUUCCCAGUAUGCAACAGACCCUUCUGCAGAUCAUCUACAGCCUUCUCAGUCACAUGGACCUCAGUGGCAUCCAAGCCAAGCCCCUUAAUGCUGAAGUACUCAAGACAAUAGAGACAUUUGUUCAAACCCCACACUGGAAGGAAGCCUUGAACAUUUUGAAGCUGGUGGUAUCGCGGUCGGCCAGCUUGGUUCAGCCAGCAUCCCAGCCCUGCAGCCUCUCCCAGCUGGAGAGCAACAGAGUCUGGGAGAGUUCCUCUAAGGCCCUGCCAGGGAAAACUUUGGAUUUCCACUUUGAUAUUUCCGAGACUCCUGUGAUCGGGCGGCGCUUUGAUGAGCUGCACGGCUCUGCAGGGCAUGAUGGGAAGAGUAGGGUCAUCGCAGUGACACGCAGCACCUCCUCCACCUCCUCGGGCUCCAACUCCAACACCGUGCUGGUGCCCGUCAGCUGGAAGAGGCCACAGUCCUCACAGAAGAGAACUAGAGAGAAACUGGUGAAUGUCUUAUCUCUGUGUGGACAAGAGGUUGGACUCACAAAGAAUCCCUCGGUGGUUUUCUCCUCUUGUGGGGAGCUGGACCUCAUUGAGCACCAGCUGAGUCUGGUGUCCUCAGACGAAGGGACACGCGACCAGGACAACAUGGAUGACACAACCUCAGAGCAGCAGUUCCGGGUGUUUCGUGAUUUUGACUUCCUGGAUGUGGAGCUGGAGGAUGGAGAGGAGCUCCAGGGAGAGACGGUGGAUAACUUUAACUGGGGUGCUCGGCGGCGCUCCAUGGACAGCCUGGAUAAAGGCGAAAUGCAGACUCUGCAGGAGAAGGAGUUGUUGAGCAGCAGCAGCAGCCUGGGACAGACGGCCCGCCAGGACUCAGACGAGUCAUCAGAGGAGGAGUCACUCACAGCCAGCCAGAUUCUCUCGCACUCCCAGAUUAUUGUCAGCCUCUCUCCCACUGAGGAGAUGAGCAACAUGGACUGUCUGUCGACCUCCUUUGACACAACCUCAGCAGAGUCUCCGUCUUUCGACACCAGAACACCGAGUCUGGAGAUCUCGCUGCCUGGGGAUUCAAACCCACAGCUUCAGACUGAGCUGUCAGAGGAAGAUGAGGAGAGCCAUAUGCAUGAAGAGGACCUGCUGCUCUCUCUCUCUGUGGAUGACCUGCCACCAGCCUUUGCCUAUGCCGACAGGAUGGACAUGGCAGAGAGAGAGAAGAGGGCAGAGCUGGAACUGGAAGCCAGCUGUAUGCCCAGUUUUGUAGGGCAGGGCAGCCAAGCUGAGGAGGAGAGAGAGGAGAUGCUGGAGUCUCGGUCCUCCCCUCCUCCAUCCCCCUUCUUCUCGGCCAUCCUGGCAGCAUUCCAGCCCGCAGCAUGUGAUGAUGCUGAGGAGGCGUGGCGCAGCCACCUCAACCAACUGGUGUCCGAUACCGAUGGCUCCUGUGCCGUCUACACCUUCCAUGUGUUUGCCUCCCUCUUCCAGAGCAUCCAGACAAAGUUCUGCUCCUUGACCUGUGACGCUGCUGGUUACCUUGGUAAUAGCUUACGAGGAAUAGGAUCAAAGUUUGUUAAAUCAUCGCACAUGCUGACAUCCUGCGCUGAAUGUCCCACCCUGUUUAUAGAUGCAGAUACUAUCUUUUCUUAUGGAUUGCUUGAAAAAAUGAAGUUCAGUGUGCUGGAGCUACAAGAGUACCUCGACACUUACAACAGCAGAAAGGAAGCAGCUAUAUCCUGGCUACAUAGUUGUAAGGCCAGCUUCCCUCAAGACUCAGGGGCUGGGGGCAUCACAUGGCAGCCAGGAGACGAUGAAGAGAAGCAAAUGGAAUCCCUGGCUCAACUGGAACUGUGUCAACGGCUAUACAAACUCCACUUCCAGCUGCUGCUGCUUUUUCAAUCUUACUGCAAGCUUAUUGGCCAGGUUCAUGCAAUAAGCACUGUACCUGAGCUUUCCAACAUGUCCAGUGAGCUGAGUGAGCUGAAGAUGAACUUAAGAGCCGCCUCAGCGCACCCCCCUGCCUUAGAGAUGCCCUCUUCUAAACCCACCUUCUGCUCCUCCGAGGCUGCUGUACAGGCCAUUUUGGAGAGUCUGAAAACCAAGGAGUUGUCCACAGCCAUCAGUUACAUUCGCGAGUGCAGGAGGUUGUGGCCCAGUGAUAUCUUCGGCAGUCCCCCUGAGGAUGAGGUCCAGACCCUGCUCCACAUCUACUUUCGGCAUCAGACACUGGGCCAGACGGGAACAUUCGGCUUGGUGGGCUCCAGACAGGACCUGUCCCAGAUCUGCAUGAAGCUGAUGGAGCUCAACAGUGAGAUCCGGGACAUUAUCCGACAGGCCCAGGGCUACCGGGCCAUCACUGCCUUCCUGCCAGACUCCAGUGUGUCUGGAAUUAGUCUCUAAAUGACUCAGGCUCCUACUCCCAAUGGGUUAUGCUGCUAACCUAACCAUGGUCUACCAAGGCUUUCCUCUCACUCACAAAAACGCACUCUCUCCACUCUCUUAUUUUGGGAAAGGGGGGUCAGAAUGUAGUCAGAUCUCCUAAUGGUAAUUAUGAAAUCACCAUGCAAUUGAGUUCUAAAAGAAAAGCAGCCUAGGUUUUUAUUGCACUAAUGAUUCUGUAGUGAGUGCUGAGAACAGGGACCUCCAUUACAACAAGGACAUACCAAAGUUAUACAAAGUUAAUGUUAUGUAGACGAGUGUUUGUGAUAGGAAGGGAAAAUGUGCAAUGCAUCACAUAAGUGAAAGACCUCUACUGUAUCAUGAAAGAAUGUUUUUGAACUGUAGUGCUUUUAACUACUUGAAAUCAGAGUAAUGUUAUUUAUUUUUCCAUUGCUCUUAUGAAGCUUUGUGUGUGUGUGCGCACACUUACCAACUCCAAAGUACAGCUAUGCUUUGGCACAUACAAUGUAACUUCAUACACAGGGUGCAUGUCUACUGUCUGAAAGAUUUGGAUGACACUAAGGGUUAUCCUUUAUUUACAUACAUAUUUCAUGUAGUUUAAUGCUGGCUUUCUACUUUCUGUUCGUAGGAGAUUUAUUUAUUUUCACAUAAGGUCAACCUGCUUAAUUGGAAAACACAAAAUAUUCUGUCUGUCAAACUGCCAAGCAUAAGAACAGAUGUACAAUAGAAACAUUUAUGGGUAUAAAUGAAAAGAAAACUAUUUAACUGAAAGAUGCAUAUGUACAUAUUAUAUUGGAAAAUUGACGUUUGUAAGAUUUUAUUUUUAUGUUUUUAAUUUGCUGUCAGAUUACAAAAAACAUUGUCCCCAAGGGAAUAUUGUUAAAGCUGUUCAUGUUGUAAAUACUUUUACUUCUGUGUUGUUCUUUGGUUUCUGUUCUCUAAACAGCUGUAACAAAAUAAAAUGUUCCCCAGUUGUUCAA